CAGCGAUACUACAAUGGUGGUAUGUUGCUGCUUGGACUUGCAUGAGGCUGUCAUGUGAAGUGACUAGGCAAUUUAACAAUCUACAUCAACAUGAGUGAAAGCGUCUGGUCCAAGACGAUUUUGGUAGCGCUGCUCCGAUUAUUCAUUUGCCUCUACGUCUUUCCAUUUCUGCUGGUCGGCGUUCAUUUACAUGCCGUCGCUUCCUCCCACCAGACGCUCUUCGUAUAUAUACAACGUAAAGAAUCAGGAGAAGCUAUUGGUGUAGAUAGGGAAACACGAAAAAAUAUCUACGGAACCUCGCCGUCGAUUGGGGGUGAUAACGGCGUCGAUGACGCUGUCAUCACGGGAGUAUACGACUACGUUCAAGAAGGUUUAUUCGUUUGGCGAGAGUCGCAACAUAUAAAGUCGUCGUCGUGGACUCGAUUUUCUUGGCCUGAUAUUACUUCAAACAGAUUCACUUCCCCGCGUGAUGGCUUUUCGAUCACCGACAUUUCGUCGGUAGUAAGUCCAACAAGGUUAAGUCGUUCCAGAGAUAGCUCCGAGUGGUGCUUGUAUGCAGGACGGGAUUGGAAAAAAGUUGCUUGUCACGAAGGAUCAGCCGUAGUGGGUGAAUACAUCGACACCGAUACUGUUAGCGGUGCUGUAGACACAUCAUCGCAAAAUGACAAGAUUCGCAUACAGAUCCAAUAUAUUUCUUCGUUCGAUCGGUGGAGACAUGGGUCUGCUUCAUCGCCAUUUGGCUACCGAACAACAAUCAAACUUAAGCCGUGGCAGCGCAUGCUUCUGGAAAAACCCGCGACGCUGUUUUGGAUGGGGAUCAAUAUUGGUCUAGCGUUUGUAUAUUGGAAUCGGCGUAUUGCAGUCUCGUCCGUUGCCAAAGUGUAUAGCAAGAUGAUGCAUGAUGGAGAAAUAUGGCGCGGGCUGUCCGGUGCGACGGCCCAUUUCGAGACUUGGCAUUUAUUCUUCAAUAUGCAGGCUCUAUACAGUUUGGGAUCUGAGUUAGAAAGCAAUGAUGGUAGCACCAAAUAUUCCAGUGUCACGUUCUUUAUGUACACAGCAUCGCUCGUGCUUUGGACUACCAUUUUUUGGUUGCUUUUGGAAACACUAAAGCGACGAUUUGAAAGCGCAAUGUCACCGGUCGCAUCGGGGGAUUCUCCGACUGUUGGAUUUUCCGGCGUCUUGUUUGCCUGGAUGGUGGUGGCCUCGCUCGAACAAUCUCAGACUUGUCCAGUGCAUUUUCUGCCGAGUCUGUGUUUUGUCACGCACGAAUUUGUUGGCUUCCGGUUCAACUUUGCCCCGCUCGUACAGCUUGGCAUUGCUCAAGUGUUGCUGCCCCGUGUUAGUCUAACGGGACAUUUGGCAGGAAUUUUAUCCGGGUUGGCACUGCACUGGGGCUUGUUGCCCUUGGCAUAUACGCAACCAGCCGUUUUGUUACCCACCUUGUACGCGAUGUAUCUGAAAUUCGUUUGUCCCACUACUCAAGUGUUUAGUACAAGGCUCGGCUCGAACGACACUUCGGACCGUGUCGCACGAUUCUCGCACCAAUGGGGGUUGAAGAUCGUUUUGGCCAUGUCAAGCUGGACGUUUGGCGUCAUGAAUGCACUAACGAUUUGCUUUGGACUAGUUGUUGGCUAUGGGCACUGGAAUAGUGGUAAGCUACCGAAAGAUAUAAGAGUGGUGAAGGGGUGGAUGAUCACGGUUGUCUUGGCAUGUUUAUUGGACGCUAUGAGCGUAGCAGGCUGGACACUUUUGGUCCCUGGCGCCUCGCGCCUACCGGCAGCAAUCGCACCUACGUCUGUAAUGGUCAUCCGAUGGGUAGCCUUUAUGACGAGUUUGGCUGGGGCGGCUUGUCAUUUGACGCCAACCGGUAGCACCGGUGAUAGUGGCGAUGAGGCUAAUACUAGUGGUAUAUUUGACAUGGUACUCGGAUGGACUGUGGUCCAGCCAGCGACGGUGUUGGCUCAUGCUUGGUCCCGAGAUCGUGUCUUGCCGACCGGUGUCUUUGCCGGACCUGGACAAGCGCUAGGGGGCGUGUCGUGCUCUACCGAGCUUGCUUCCUCGACGCGACCAACCCGUUGGGGUGGACAGGGGUAUCGUCUCGGUGCAAAAGUAGACGAUCGAAACCAUGACACGGAGCUCUCCGUGGUGCUGUAA